AAUGAGUCUGGUUCCUGGGAAAAGGGUAGAGAGGACUGUAAAACCAGAGGAGCAGAUCUGGUGGUCAUAAACAGCUCUGAAGAACAGAAGUUCCUCUCUAACUUCACCAAGGAAGAAAUUAUGGCUUGGAUUGGUUUGACUGAUCGUAUCAAGGAGGGGACCUGGAUGUGGAUUAAUGGAGCUCCUCUGUCUCUACAACCUUUUCAGUAUUGGCGGAGUGGGCAACCUGAUAACAAUGGAGGACAUCCUUCUCUUGGGGAAGAGGACUGUGCCCACAUCAUAUAUGGAGGGGAGGGAAACAACUAGAAUGAUUUGUCAUGUGAAACCGAUAUGAGAUGGAUCUGUGAGAAAAUGGUUUAGCAUUGGUGCAUUAUUGUGUGUUUGCUGCUUCUACUGCUUCUAUAUUAUAUUUCAACAUAAUUCCUUUGCACAAGUGUGUAAGGUUUCAUACAAUUUUACUCACAGGGGGCGCUACAGUAACAUUAAUGAUAUUUCUACAAUUCUGGGAAUUUGGUGCACAAGUUCACCAUAAGCAUGUGCACAACAAAGAAGCUGGACAUCUUGUGGCCAGUUAAAAAAUACUUUGUGUUUUGGUGAAUAACUCCUGAACUGUG